AUGAGUAAGCGCGACCUCUACGCUGCAUCCUAUUGGUCGAAAGCAUCAUUUGGGCUUGAAUGGAUGAAAAUGAUCUGUAAAUUAAAUGAGACAGCUAAUAGUGAUAAUGAACAGAAUUCCAUUGAAGAGGGAAAGCAUGUAGUAGUAACACAGAAACAAAAUCCAAUCAUUCAUCGAAAGAUAAAAGGUGUUUUUCGUAAAGAAUGGUUAUUAUUAAAAAAAUAUUCAUCGUGGUUAAAAGAAAUGAAAUCAGAUUCAACAAAAUCAGAAUGUAAAGCAUGUUCGAAACAAUUUUCUGUAAAAAAUGGCGGAAAAGCUGAUGUUGAUAAGCAUAUGAGAAAUAUACAUCAGUUAUCAAUGAAAACAUUUGGUAAGAACCCAUUAAUAACAUCGACGGCGGUUCCAUCAACUGAAUUAGAUAACAUUUCCGUAGCUGAAGGUGCAUUUGUUUAUCAUGAUGUUAAACACGGCCAUGGUUAUGUUUCACAAGGAUGUACAAUUAGCAUUCCUAAAACUAUAUUUGAAUCAUCAUCGUCAGUUGCUAAAUCAAUUACAUGUGGAAACACAAAACCAAGAGCAAUUGCAUGUAACGUUCUUGGACCAUUUUUACAAUUCUUUUCCGAUAUUGAUGUUAAAAGAGCACCAGAUGUCUUCUCAAAUGCAUGCGAAAUUAUUAAUGAUUAUAGAUUAAAAAUGGAAAAUCUAACAAGUGUUGGUGCAGAUAAUACAAACGUGAAUUAUGGUCAACAUCAUUCUGUUUUUAAAUUAUUUAAAGACCAAUUACCACAUCUUGUUAAAGGUGAGAAAGAAAAAAGUUUUGGAAAUUGUUAUGCACACAUUUUGCAUAAUGGUGUUAAAUAUGCACACGAAUAUUUAACAAUUGAUAUUGAAGCAAUUUUGUGCAAAAUUUAUUCUCAUUUUUCAAGAUCGGCCAAACUUAAAUAUAAUUACUUAAAACAUAUUAUGAAUUCAUACAGUGUGAAUAUGCUGUAAGUCAUCGUUUCGUAGUAAGAGUAAGUGAGACAAAUUAUUGUCUGUUUAAAAAGUCAGUGGAAUUGUUUUCCGAGAAAUUUCGAAGACUGGUUUCUAGAGGAUCUUUGGAAAACUACUUCGUAUCUCUGAAAACUUGUUUUUAAAAGGUUUUCCAGAAAUCUUCCGAAGUACAAGGAUAUUUUUUACCAUUCUCAAGUGAAAAAUAGUAUUAAGCAGGUAAAAUAGAAUACAUCUUGAUAUUGUUACGUAAUUUGGAUGGAUCUUGACUGGGUUACGAAAUUUUUGAUUUUACUUAAAAGUAGGCGAAAAUGAGUUACUUCACCUAGUAUAGGUUUUCACUAGGAUUUUGAAGCUUUUUUGAAAAACAAAUAUUGCCAAGCCAUCCAGCGUGGUCGGUUACCUAUGUUUCCAUUCAUUUUCGGGAUUACCACAUCUAAAGAGCUAUUGAUCCUGGGGCUCUCAGAAAAUCCGAUUCCACGCCUCAACAACAAAAAAAUAAGAUGUCGCUUGGAUUUAGUUUUGUAGAAGACACCUUGGACUAUCUGCAAAUGGAAAAAGAUAGAUAGGUUGCUACUUUAGUCUUGGGAGAUACGAAGUAGUUUUCCAAAGAUCCUUUAAAAAACCAGUCUUCGAAAUGUUUUGGAAAAUAACUUUUGCUUUUGCGAAUCUGGCUUAAAGUCUUGGCUAUCAAAUGUUGGAAAUCCCACGUCAAUAUCUUGCGUCGUUCAUUAGUUAUUCAACAAAUAUUCUUGUUGUCUAUUUUUGAUUCCACGUCCCGGCGCCUUAUGCAUGUUCAGAGUAAGAAGAAAUGUCAAGUUAUCGUGAGCAUAAAACAUGGUGAAAUUAGUGUCGCACUGCCUUGAGAAAUAGCUCUUGGGAGAGAGCGUUUGUUCGAUCCUGAAAUUUGUGAUUUUCCUGAUCUUCCACUCAAACUGAUAUUACCUUAGUUUCAAGUAAUAUCCAUGUCGCCUUCCUCAAUAUAACUCUUUAAAAUGUCGAAGUAUUUUAUAGAAUAACGGAUCUGUAUAUUCUGUAAAAAUAAAUUUCUUGUAAAAGAGUAAAGGAUGAAUUCUGUUAACCUCUCCACCGGAUAAAAGAAAACUUAUAAGAUCGAUGAAAACAACAUAGAUCACCUGUACUUUUGAAUGCAUUAGAAAAAUCGGUACUUUUGCCGCGCUGCAUCAAAUUACUUGAAACUAAUGUAAUAUAUGCAGAAUUUCACGGUGAAUCCGACAGCGGGCUUCUUAUAAUUAUACUUUGAGUUUCUGAUAGGAUCGCCACGGUCUUUGCGAUUUCUUAUAGUAAAUUUAGGCAUUUUGAUCUUUAUACUUUUGAAGAACUGCAGCAAUCAA